CCACGUGCUCCCCCCACCCAUCGGCCCGGAGGCCCUCCGGAGCGCGGUCCUCCACAUUGCCGGUCGGUCCGUCGGCGGCUUCGCAUGCCAAACUCCGGUUGAUAUGGAGCGUUUCGCGCCGCUGCUCGUGUGCCUCGUCGUCGUGGCGUGCCAGACCGGAGCCGUCUCCGGGGGCAGCUGCCGGGAGGCCAAGCUGUGCUGUCCGGGCCGGGAUUCGUCGUGUGUUGUGCAGAAGGCGCCGCUGAACGCCAUCAUCGAGGACCUGAGCGACAAGCCGUGCUACUGCGACCAUGCCUGCCUGAAGCUGGGGGACUGCUGCCCGGACUUCAAGGAGGCGUGCGGAGUGGUGGACUGCCAAGUGACUUCCUGGGGCCCGUGGUCCCCGUGCGACGCCGACUGCGGUCCCGGCUCGAUGUCCCGCACCCGAUCGAUCAAAACCCAGCCCCAGAACGGGGGCCGCCACUGCCCCAGCCUCGAGCAGCGAAGGGGUUGCCAAGUAUCGACGUGUCACCACCAUCCCGAUCCCGCCAUCAAAGAGAUCGCCAUGUUGCUGCCCGGAUCGCUGUCCCACAGUAGAACGGCGAACGCGACGAGCGACAUACGCAAGAACUUGCGGCUGAGGGACCCCGAGGCCUACCCCCAAUACGAUCCCCAGAAGACGUACUGCGUCUCGUUCGAGAUCCUCAAAGCGUCGAAAGCCUGCCGAAAAGAACCAAACUACAGCGCUCUAAAAGAGGGCGACCGCGUGUGCGUCCGCUGCGAGUCCGAGGCCCUCCACCAGACCCUCGGCUGGCGGUGCCAGGGCCACGGCGUGCAGGGCCGCAUCACCCGCUUUUCGGCCCUGUCGGCGCCCCACUGCCACGGCAAGUGGCUGCGCGCCGCCGCCGAGCCGGACCGGUCGUGCACGGACAGGAGUUGCAAAGCCGAAUCUGCCUUCAUCUUCGUCUGAGACGCGCUUCAGCCCACCACCAGCACAGUCACAGUCACAGUCACCCGGCCGCAGCGACGCAGAGCUCGGAACAGACUGUGUAGGAGUAAUCAAAAUGUUUCGUAAAAAGGAAUUCGUUUAGACGUGUGUCGAUGGCUGACCAAUAUUAUAUUUAAAGGAUUAAAAUAUUGCUAUUAUAUUUGAAAGGUUUUUCUUACUAAACGUGUAUUCUUUGUAGGAUGUAUGUUAGAUGGUGAUUCUACCUAUAUUUGUUACUCGUAGCACUAAAUAUUUUUACUAACCGAUGUACAUAACGAUGCAAUGAAGACCCUUUUUGUAGUAUUAUACGACCUAUAUUUUGUCAGACAUAUCAAAGAAUUGGGAUAUAUCAUGUCAUUGUUGAAAACAAUAAAGUAAUUAUAAGGAGA